CUGGAAAAUUCCGGAGAAGCAAAGGCGAGGAAACGCCUCCACAUGGCGAACCCUAGAGCAUGGGUCCUUGCCAACGAGACUGCAGAGCAGUUGUUCGUCAGGGUUGAGAAAGAGCGGCCUGCCCUCUUCCUCCCUCCUCUCAAUCGCAUUCCCAUUCGCGCAGGCAAUGUCGGCAAUGUCAUCGAAAUCACCGGCCCAUCUCCCUCAGCGAAGACAGAGAUUCUCUUGCAGGCUGCCAUCCACUGCAUUCUGCCCAAGAAGUGGAAUGGAGUACAUUUCGGUGGGCUGGAGCGCGUGGUCGCGUACAUUGAUUUGGAUUGUCGCUUUGAUGUUCUUCGGCUUGCUCAGGUGUUGAAGCUUCGUAUCUUGAGUGCGUAUGGGCCGGCUCUUGGUACCAAUUGGGACUUAUGUGAAGUCUCUCCAAGAAAUAGCUUCAAUGGUUCACAAGUUGAUCACUUGGAUGAUGAAUUGUUUCUUUCCUGUAUGAAGCGUUUCUUGUAUAUCCGAUGCUACAAUAGCUCUGAAUUUUUGGCUGCAUUGAAGACAGUUCAUCUUGGUUCAAUAGGUUCAGGUGAAGAACUUGGUGCCAGUUUGUACAUUCUUAUUAUUGAUAGCAUUGGUUCUUUUCAUUGGAUUGAUCGAGCUUGCCAAACUUUGACAAAAGAUGGUAGUACACGGGAAAAAUUAUCUCUUGAAAAAUUAACUGAAAAUGUAGUUCAAGAAAUCAAUAAAAUCAGAGAUGUGCAACCUUUGCUAGUUUUAGCAUCAAAAUCUACAAUUUUUGGCGCUGCAGCCCCACCAAAUGAUGCACAUAGGGGACAUUCCGAGGGUUCAAAAAACUUGAACAAACACGAUAGAAAAAUGCUUUUAUAUCGCGAGUACAUGUCUCCAGCAUGGCAGUUGUUCGUAACUCACAAGGUGUUCUUGGGAAUUUCAGUUUCCUCUGAUGGAAAAAAUGGAGAAUCUCCAACAUACGUUUGUGAAUGGAUCCAACCACCUUUCAGUGCCUUGGACAAAUUUGUUGUGAGAAAUAAUGGUAUUUGUAUGGUUUCAUAAGUUUGGAGAACUCUGCAGACUUCCUCAAAUCUUUAUAAAGAUUUGUAUCUACCUUCCACGAGGUAGUAUAGUUUCUGCAACCUCACCAGCUGCAUCUGUUCAUUUUUCUCCCUACAACCCUUCACCCAAUCUCAAAUGUUGAGUAGAUUAUGUCAGGUGAGGUUAUAUUGGGUUCUUUUGAAGAGCAUUGCGAUAUUGUUUGAUGUAGAGUUCAUCCAACUAUCAGAUGACUUGUGUGGCUUCUGGUUAAAAGCCGCAAUAAGUCUCAACUGGUCUUUUUGCACAAGCACCAUCAAUGUAAUUAUCCAGACAUUUUUUUGUAUCAGGAGAGCAAGUUUUACAUCCGGAGUCCGGAAAUCCGGACAAUGGCCCGGAUGCAGUGAGGAGGGCGAAGGUCCGAUACCUCCCCUUCUUAGCUGCAUUUGGGAUAUUGUCCGGACAUUCACAGUUCGGAUGUAAAAUUUUUUUUCUAGGAGAGUUUAUGAUGAUCAUCGCUUCGAAUGUGAAGCCCGUGUUUGACUCCCUAAAUAUUAUGUGUUCCUAUUUUAUUUAA